AUGAAUAUUUCUCUGACUAGAGUUGUAUUGGAAGAGUUAGCUCUAUUUGGGAAUAUUGGAUGUACAGCUAGAUGUUUACUAGAAUGUGUAAGAACUAGAAUUUAUGUAAUUAGUGAAUAUGUUCCUAUAAACCAGUUAGAAGAUGCAUCUUUCCAAAAGUGUUUUAUUAAUUCUAUUGUAAGAUAUCCUUGUAUUAAAAUAGUCAGAUUAUCGGAUGGAAGUUCACAUGAAGUGGAGAAUUUAGAUAUUAAGUGGGACAACUUAGAUUGUUUUAAUUUACAUCUUUCAGAAAAUAUUCAGCGAUAUAUACUAAAUCUACAUAUAUACUCAAAUAUUAAUGAUAUAGAUGGAAGAUUAGCUGUAUAUAUGGUCAUUGCCAAAAGCCGUUUUGAAGGUUGUUGGCAAUCAGAAAUUUCGAAGAUACUCGGAAUGGAUCCAAAAAUGGUCUUCCAACACCUAAAGUCUCUAUAUAGAUACGAUUUGAUCGUCCGUUUUACAAUACCAAUGCCAACAAGUUACAAACACCGGAUUCUUAAUAAUUCUGAUUGUCAAUCAACUAUAUCUGGAGGUCAUGUAUCAGCUAUAAUUUGGCUGACUAGAUUUUUUGAUUUUAAAAAAAUUCCUCAUGAAUUAUCACAACUAAUUUGGUAUCAACAUAUACAACCUCUUAGUGCAGAGAUUGUUCGUAUUUUGGAACACAAAGCACCAAGAAAGAUCGCGUGGGAAAGGGAUAUACGUACUUUAUGUAUUGGAUUUUUGAUUGUUCAUGGUGAGGGGUCAUCAGAUCGAUUAAUUUGUACACAACGUACAGCUAAUAAGGUAUUCAAUAAAGUUAGAGACUCUUUACUUACAAAAAGUGUAAGAAGAGUUUUUGCAUGGUGCCCUUCAACAAACUCUUAUGCUCCUUGUCUAUGUUUGAAAGACGCUUUUCCAAUAUUUUCCAAAAUUGAUAUACCUAAUUCAUUAGUAAAGUCUGAAUAUCUCAAUACUGAUUUACUAUCUGAAACGGAAUAUGUAGAACCCUUGCAGCAUGAAGAAACUUCGAGCUUUUUAUUCCAGGAUAAAAAUUUGUGUAAUUCUCACCAUAAUAACGAAGUAGAUGACGAUUCAGAUAUCUCAUUUAGUCAUAGAUUAUGUGAACUAACAGAUGCCGAACAGGUAUUCUUCUUGAUCGCUGCAAGCAAAUCUACAGGGUUGGUAUCUUUGGACAUAUCUAGGCUUUUAGGGAUUAAUAUGAAGCGACUAGGAAAGCUACUCGCAGAUUUAAACCGCAGUAAUUAUAUAUCUAAAAUACCUCAGCGAUGCAAUCGCACAUUCAUGUAUAGAUAUUAUCUUAAUAGUUUAACUCUAAAUUCUGUAAAUGAAGUUAUACAGUCUAAUGAUUUAGAAGCUAGUAAAAAAGAUUUGAAUAUUGAUAAAUAUGAUAUCUUAAGUGAUAUUACUGAUGAUUUUAUAAAUUUAGAUAAGAAACCACAAAGUAAUUCCUUAGUAGGAGCAACUGAACAGUUUAAAAAGAGACUGGCUUUAGCUAGGGAAUGGGUAGAAGAAUUUGGCUAUUUAACAAUUCCUGAUUUUACUAGGCUCUAUGCAAAUGCAGAGAAUUCUGUAAGGGGACCAGAUAGAAAAACUAUCAGACGGAUACUUCUAAAGCUUUUAGAGAUUGACGAAAAUAUUAAGAAAACUUCGAUUACUCCUUCGAACUCUUUUAAUAAUACUUUUGAGUCCAAUAUAAGGUUUAUUUCAGCUAAUGAUAUCUCAGUUUUUUAUUGGGCUAAAUCAUAUACAAGUAAAGAGGCAGAGGAGCUAAAAUCACUAGAACUUAAAAAUAAAAGAUCAUCUUCUACUAGAGCUGCUAUUCAAAGAAGAAAGAAAGAACUCUCAAGUGUUGCAGCUAUAGUAGAUGCUUCAACCUCAAUUGGCUUAAAUGAGGCAGAUGAUGCUACAAUUUCUACAAAUCAAGUUAUAGGACGCAUGCAUGAAAAUAAUAUUUUGGAGAAUACUGAUACAACUGAAAAGAAGUCACAGGAGUUAAAACUAGUAAGUUUGUCAAGUAACAAUGUUGCUGUUGUUAAUUCUGGGGAUUUUACAGUUGCAUCCUUACAUAUAAGUAUUGAGGAUCAAAUAAGUAAGCAUGAUAGUACACAAAUAAAUAAUAGUUCCAAUAAAAUAUUACGUAUUGGGGGUAUUUGCCAUGAGUUACCAAUGCAAAAACUAAAAUACUUUAAUCCAGCCAAAAAUAUUAGUUUAAAUUUUGCUGAGCAAAAAGCUGGGAAACCUUCGCUUUAUAAUAGUUCAUCUAUUUUUGGAUUUCAACCUUUCAGUCAAAAAAUUUUGGCACAUUAUGGAUUUGUGUUUUCCUUGAUGAUUCGCCUAAAAUUGCUACACUAUCAUCUAAUAAGUACUCACUUCAAAGAAAACAAAAAUAACAAUCUUGGUCUUUUGUCAAUCAAGCAAAUCUUGGAUGGGAUGAAUCUUGACACUUUUUUAAGAGUAGUAGGUUAUGGUUACAAAUCCUCAUACAUAGAAGACUAUCUUCUUUUUGGUAUGAGUGAUCCAAGAAAUCCUCACAUAUCUUCUAAUUUAAUUAAAGAACUACCUAAAACAGUAUAUGAAUCUUUAACUGGGAUGUCUGUCGAAAGCAGAUCUGAUCGACGUAUACAUCAUAAAACCAAUGUUUCACUAAAAGGGAGAAGAGCAAUUGUGGUACUUAGACGGAUGUUAGUUACAUUAGAGAAGCUUAGACUUGUAGGAAGUAAAGACAAAGGAAGUAAGUACAAUACUGAUAUAACAAAUGUAAGCAAUAAUGGCAAUUAUUUUAGUAUAAAAUCUACCUCAAUACAUGAUUCCUUUUGGCAGGUUAACACUAUUAUCAGAAUAUCAGAUAUAAAACUACUAAGGUCUGAUUCUAUAUUUGAAAGUCAAUUGAAGGAAAGAUAUAACUCUGAAUAUUUUGAUUUGAUGAAUUUAGAGAACUUUGAGAAAUUCUGGCUUAGUUUGCAGAAUUUUGCUAUGAAAAUUAAAAAGAAAUAUGCUGAUAUUAAAAAUUUAGCAAUGAAUGCAACCAUCCCUGAUAUUUUUAUUAAGAAGCAUUGGAAAAAUCAGGCUUUAUUACCACUCAAUGUUAGAAAUUCUUUGGAAAAGUUUGCACGACAUUUGAUGGAUUUUGAAUUAACAAACUCAGGAUGUUAUGAAUCUAUAGAAAAUAAUGAUCAAAUAGUGUUAUCAAUGGCUUCUCCAGAAAUUCAAAAACUUUCGUCUGACCUUAAUAUAUCUCCACUAACCACUUUACGCUAUUUGGAACGUGUUGUUGAUUCUUUAACCACAACUACAAAAACAAAUGGACCUAUCCAAGUCUCAAGGAAUAGACUAUUAUUUCGCUUUCUUAGAGAUCCUAAAUACAAAUGCCAUAUAUGUUCUGCACUAUAUUCUACUCACCCUGCUAUUUUGUCUCAUUACAGCAUACUUCACAAUAUAUCGAAUAUGUCAAAUGCUUCUAUGUAUAUGCUAAGAAAUGUAUGUCAACAAUCACAAGCUAAAGCAAAAACAAAUAAUAGGACUAUACUUUCUCAUAAAUAUACAUUUAGUGAAAAUAAUGUUCCUUCAACACUCGAGUAUCUUUUAGAAGAUCAGGGUUUGUUUGGUAGUCAUGAAAUAUUAAGGAGAAAUGACAAGCUUGAAAUAUUACAUGCCGUCCUUUGUCUGCAUAAAGAUGAAGUCUUAUUCAUGUAUCAUAUUUUUUCCUUAUCCUUGAAAUCAUUAUGUGUGAAUAAAGUAAGUAGAGAAAGUAUAUACAAUUUGAUCUCUCAAUUUAUACUUUGCUUGUCUGUGAAAAGUGGAUUUCUUAAUAUGAACCUUACUGGACUUCAAUUUUCGAGAUUGGUUGAUCUUAUUUCAAGACAUAAAGAUAAUAGUAAGGAAGAAGCAAUCAAAGCAAUUAUGUUUGCAUAUAUUUGCAUUGGGAAAAUAUACUCUUUGAAUUCAAAAUUAUUAGAUUUUAUUCAUUUAAGAGCACUCCAAUAUACCACUUUGAAAGAAGUUGGGUUGGUAUUGGAAAUAGACAUCUGGAAGACCAAUUUUGUGAAGACAAUAGAUACUAAUGCUAUUACAUCAUUUCUUGAUACAAGAAAAAAGGAAAUCUCAGAUAUAUUAUUACCUUCAAAUACCAAUGAAACUGUUAUAUACGGCAAUUUAUGUUAUUCCAAAAGUGAAGUGUCAUCUUCUGAAACAUUCUUGCAGAUGAAUCUAAUCCGAAGUAUUAUAUUCAGCUCUGUAUAUCAUAGCGAUGAAUCAUGUCUAGAUAUUCUUGAAAAUAAGAUCGAGCUACCACAUGAGCAAGCGAUAGAAUUAUUGUGUGGAGAUUUGAUAAAAAGUGGUAUAAUCAAGAUCUUCAACAAAGGCCAAGAUAGUAGAACUGAAAAAUGUGAAAGUACUGUUGAGAAUAGGAGGAUUUCUAUAUCAAGAAAUACUUUGAUAAAAUUAUUUGGUAAAAUUGGAGAAUGGCGCGAAAUUAUAGAAAUUUGUAGAGUCAAUUUAGCCCAAAAGCAACAUGACGAAAGUAUCUUGGUAAAGGUAAACUUAUCAAAUAUUAAUGGAAUAUUAGUUGCACAUCACCUAUCUAGAUUUGCCGAAGAUGACUGCAAUUUUGACAUUGUAUGGAAUGAUGCAGACUUUUAUGAAAAAUCUGUAAAUUUCACUGAUGCAAAACUUUUCAAUUUACUAAAUGAAAUUUUAAUAGGUAAUACAGAUGACAAUAAUGAAGAUACUUCAUUUCAACAAUACCAUACAAAUUCAGAAUAUAAUGAAUUGGGUAAAAGGUAUAUAGAACCAGAUAUUUUUCAGGGAAAAUUUGCUAAAAAACAAAAGGUAAACAACUUUUUGUCUGAAAGUAUAGCUCAAGACAUCAGCCAAGGUGUAGGAAUUCAACAAGAAAGUGCUCCUGAAGUUGUGGGUGUAGCUAUUCAUUAUUCUAAUCUAAAAAAUGUAGAGGUUUCUACUAGUAAACAUAAUUUAAGUGAAUAUCACAAUUUAAUAGAUAUAAGCAUGCCAAAAUUAACUUUUGGAAAUUUACACGACUCUGAGCCCUUAGUUCUUUUAAAUAUGGGUUUUUUUUUCUCAGUAAAGAGUUUGUUACUUGGAUCUGAAAUUGGUUCUUUUCACUUUAGAAAAUCACCUUCAAAAGACCCUAUAUUUGAUAUAUUAAGGAAACUCAAGAAUAUGAUUGUUGGAAAUAAAGAAUAUAAUAACAGAAUCUUCGAUAUUCUUUGUAUAAUUCUUGGCAUUAUUCAUUAUUCAGGUCCAUGUGGGUGUAGUCUUCUGCAAAUUGAAUCAUCAUUUAAUAAUUUACACUUUGAGUUUAUAAGUGAUUUAGCAUUAAUUGGAAUUCAUAUAAAUUGUUCUGACUUUUCCUUCCCAUUUUCUUUGGGUAAAUAUGCUUCAACUAUUUAUUAUUUAGUUUUUUUACUGGAAAUGUUAAAUCUAUGUGCUCGUAUCCCAAAUGAAGAUAAAUGGUUAUAUAUAUCAAAAUAUUAUAUCUCAAAAAAUAAAUAUACAGUUGAACUAGAAAGUUUGAAUCAAAAACAGUAUACAACUAAAGCUACAGAAGACCAAUUUAUCCCUAUAAAUUUAGUAUCAAGAUUUUGGUUGUUAUGGGAUCCAAGCUCUAUAUUUAAGUUCUUUACAAAAGUAGAGUUGGAGGAAAUAUUUAAUUUGUUUAGAAAUUCUUGUAACUCAUAUUUAUCAAUAGAUAAUUCAACUGAUUGGCUAGCUCCCUUCAUGACAACUAAAGUACCCAUUAAUAGCUUUAUCACUAUAAAUGGUAAUAUAAAUCUCUUGCUUUGUGGUAUCCUUUCUUAUAGAAUUUAUUUUAUGCUAUACAAAAUGCCAAAUAUUAGUAUACCCGAUUAUUUGAGCUCAUUUUCACUUUUUUCAAAAUGUGAACUUGAAUUUUUACUUGAGUCUUUGUAUGCUGAAGGUUGUAUCAAUAGAAAUAGCACGUUUCAAAAUUUAUAUAUUACUAAGAGUAUCUCCUGUAUAUUUGAGAUUUUGGAGGGUUAA